AUGCUGCCGAUGCCACUCACCGGUGGUGUACACGGCUUGUCUUGCGACCAUCGUCUCGUCACCGUCAUCGUCCUUGAACGAAACUCACGCACCGACCUCCAUGCGCAAGACGCUGCCAUUCUGCAGCUGCGCCAUGCCAUGCCUUCUGUCAUCCUGUCCCCGUCAGGAGAGCUUUUCGUCGUCUGUCGUCGUUGUGUUUUUUCGUUCGGUCCGUCACUCAUCGAUUCGUAA